AUGGCGGAAAGAUCCGAAGAGAAAACUUCAUCUUUAAUGACCUCGGAUGGCAUCAAUACUGACGAGAAGCUCAAACAUUAUGAAGCAGUCGACAGCGACAAGACUUCGCCAAUUACACAAGAUGAUGCUCACUCGUGCGUCUCCACAGUGGCUGAUCUACACUCGCACCACGAAGAGCGAGAUCUGGAAAGGGUAGAAACCACAAAGCAACCCUUGGUCAAAGUUCCUCGUUCUCAGAGACGUGGUCUUUUUGCUCGAUUCGCGAUAAUACCCGAGGUGACUGAGCCUGUGCACUACUCUAACACGACAAAAUGGCUGAUUACUGUGGUUGUGGCCAUCGCUGCAGCGGCGGCACCUGUUGGUUCAGCAAUCAUAUUGCCUGCACUAAACCAGGUAGCUGAUGAGUUGCAUUCGAGCCCGACCAUCACUAACCUAUCGGUCGCCUUGUAUAUGUUGAGCAUGGCGAUCUUUCCAUUGUGGUGGUCCUCCUUCUCCGAAACUUUAGGACGGCGAUCAGUGUAUCUAACCUCUUUCGCUAUGUUCACGGUAUUUGGCGUGCUUAGCGCUAUAUCUAAAAACAUCACCAUGCUGGUUAUUAUGAGGAUGCUCAAUGGUGGUGCUGCCGCCAGUGUCCAAGCUGUCGGAGCUGGUACGAUAGCUGACGUAUGGGAAAGUUUCGAACGAGGCAGAGCGAUGGGUUAUUUCUAUCUUGGUCCACUAUGUGGGCCUUUAUUCGCACCAAUUCUCGGUGGUGUUAUCGGCGAGAAGUUUGGGUGGCGAGCAACUCAAUGGGCACUCUCUAUUUAUGGUGUUCUGGUAUUACUGCUGAUCUUCUUCGCCUUACCUGAAACGUUGCAAGCACGAAAGGAUGUGGUAGCUGAGGCUGCGACCGAGACUAAUGAUCCUUCCCGACCACCUCUGACACGAAGUUCGACUCGACAAUCUGUUCAACAGAAGUCAAAACAGUAUGCGAAGUUGUUGCGCAUGCUAUUUGUCGAUCCACUCUCAGUACUUACGUAUCUGCGCUUUCCUUUGGUUUUGCUCUGCGUAUACUACUCGUCAGUCACUUUUGGGUCUUUGUAUUUACUCAACAUCUCGAUUCAGUAUUCAUUUGAGAAAGUGCCUUAUGAGUUUCCAACAAUAAUCUUAGGUCUGCUAUACAUUCCGAAUUCGCUUGGCUAUAUUCUCGCUUCACUCUUCGGCGGAAAAUGGAUGGAUCGAAUUAUGGCACGUGAAGCUCGAAAACGGCAGAAGGACAACGAACCAUUGGUGCUUCUCCCUGAAGACAGGAUGCGGGAGAAUGCAUGGCUAGGAGCCCUUAUCUACCCAGCAGCGCUGAUUUGGUACGGCUGGACAGUGAAUUAUGGUGUCAUUUGGAUUGUACCUAUGAUCGCGAAUUUCUUCUACGGGAUUGGAAGCAUGCUCAUUUUUGCCAUGUCAACCACAAUGUUGACCGAGUUUAUGCCCAAACGUUCCAGCUCAGGUGUGGCUGUGAACAACUUUUGUCGAAACAUAUUUUCUUGUGCGGGAGCAAUAGCAGGGGCGCCUCUUAUUAACGCGAUUGGCAAUGGCUGGGUAUUCACUAUACUUGGUUUAUGGACUCUGAGCUCCGCUGUUGUGGUGUGGGCAAUCCGGCGAUUUGGGCCUCGCUGGAGAAAGAGCAUGGACGAUGCUGUCGGGUAG